AGAUCAAAACCCAAGCACCCCCUCAGAAGCCGUCCCAGACACAACCCUCAACAUCUCAGUCGCAACCCUUACAUAUGGACCGCCCACAGCGUUUUGCCUUGCUCGUCGGCAUCGAUUUAUAUCUCAAAAACGGAACAAACAGGAGGCGCGAUGAAGCCAUACAUCACCUUAAAGGUUGUGUCAAUGACAUCAACGCCGUAAAGACGGUCCUUCAAGAUAGAUUCCAGGUGGAGGAACCCGUAGUCCUCACUUCUUCUCUCGAUGCGACAAGUACCGGUCGGUACCAGCAGCCCCAAGAAUCACCCGAUGUCUUGCCCACAUUCGACAACAUUAAGAGGGAGUUCGAUAUCGUGACUGGAAAAGCGAAUCCCGGCGAUAUCUUCUUCUUUCAGAUUCAAGGAUCGCCAACGGGGCGGGACAGAGACCCUUCCCUUCUCACGGCCGACUUUUGUCUCAACAAACCUGCGGUGCGGGGAUGGGAACUCAACGGGUGGUUGAAGCGGCUCAAUGAAAAAGGCGUCCAGAUCAUUGUCGUUCUUGACAGUUGCUACUCUGGUGGUUCAUGGCGAGGUGAUCAUCUGGGCCGCACGCCAGUGGACUGGGAGGAGGAUUUGGAGAGUCUGGGCGAGGAAGAAGUCCAGCCAGCCGCGGAGCCCGCCAUGGAGCCAUCUGCGGACGCCAUAGUUCCGUCGUAUAGGAACUCGGAACUGGAAAAGUGCUGGUCCAUCAAUCCAGACGAUUUCACGUUGAUGGCGGCCUGCAAGUCGGGUGAAGUGGCCAAGGAGAUCAAAGUCAAUGCCAGAUCCCACGGUGUAUUCACAUAUACACUUGUCAAGCUUUUGGAACAAAUCCAGCCGGAUAUUACUCCAUCAACAUACUGUGUGCUCCGCGAUAAGAUUGCGGAGCGACUGGAGUCUCAUAACCAGAACCCAGAGGUGUUUGGUCGGGACAGGCUUGGGUUCUUUGACAAUUAUGAGCCGUUUUUGUUCAACCCCCUCGUCUCGCGAGUUGAAGGCAAUGACAUCGUCAUCCCCAUGGGAAAGAUUCACGGUGUCCAUCCAGGGACCGAAUUUGCACAGGUGCCGCUGUUUCACAAGGCCGUCUUCAAAGUCAACAAGAUCAAAGAUUGGGAAUGUCGCGCGACUCUUACAUCUGGCCUUCCAUCGAGCUCACAAUACAGUAUUGAAGUUGUGCCUUUGAAAUGGGGCUUGGGAGGGACGACUUUUCGGGUUCUUGUCGAUGGAUCCCUUGGGGACGAGUUUCAGGAGGCCAUUUACAACAGACUUGGCAACCUGCUUGCAGGCCCCAUCGAAGUUGAAGAAUUUCAUGGCUCUUCACCCGAUAACGAGCUGUUUAAACUGACCAGACGUGGUCUCGAUGGCGUUGAAAUCUCUGGACCCCCAUCACUGAUCGGCUACGAGGGCCCGUUGCGAUGUUUGGAGCUCAAAGGCACCAGUGCUUUGCAGCUUGCAGCUCGGUCUGCCGUGGCUCUUGCACACCUAGCCCGUUUUGGACAGAUCUUCUUUGACCUUCCUAAAGAUGCUUGCGAAGAUGUCGCUCCGUUUACGUCGAGUCUGGAAAAAGUCAACAGUGCGGGUGAUUCAAAGGUCAGGAUGAAAUUUGUCUUUACAAACACUAGCGAGAGCGAUUUGUACCUGACCGUUCUGAGCCUUCAUCCCGGAUUUGGCGUUCGGCAGAUUUACCCUGGAUCCAAGUCUCGCGAACCAGUACGCAGAGGCAAUUCAGUGAGUUUUACGAUGCAGAUUACAUUUCCCAAGGAGCUUCGAACGAAUGAGGACGCUGGACCGGUCUCGCAUCGAGACGUCAUCCGCGUCAUCGUCACGAGAGGCGAGGACGUUCCAUGGAGAUGCUUAGAGUUGCCAGAUAUAUGGCAAGUGGAUCAGGUGGAAUCCAAGGCACAACAUGGUUCGGACAGGAAUGUGGAAAUUGCAGAUGAUGACUUUAGUUGGUGGAUCAAAGAUCACCGGGUGGAUUCAGUUCCUUUUUAACCUUAGAUAUUUCCUAGAACCCUAAACAAGCCAGAGCAAUGAUCAAACAUGAAGA